AUUUCCAUGGCCGCCACUGGGAGCUGCUCUGCACCCAGCUUGCUGGCAGCGCUUCUUCUACGAUUCUAAUGACUAACCGCCAUCAUGGUGUCUUGUCCCAUCUGCAGCCAGUCCGUCUCGCCCCUAAAGAUUAACGACCACAUCGAUUCCGACUGCCAGAACUUUAUCGAAGAGCCGUCCAGCUCGGGGGAGACUCCCGCCACUCAGAAAGCUCCGGUUCCCAGCUUCUUCCAGCCAGCCUCUGCUAAGAAAGCUUCUGCUCAGUCUGCUCAGGCAAAUGGACAGCGAGAUCAAAAUGUGACUUCCUCCCCACUGCGCAAUGUCAACGGCAAACGGGCGACGCCGCACGAUGCCAACUCAUCGGAGGUAUACGAGAGAUCCGGGCCCAGCCAACCGUCGAGCGAACCAAAGAAGCCAAAAGUUAGCGCCUUGCAAAAGGCUGCGCCUUUACCGGAACGCAUGCGUCCUCGGACUCUUGACGAUGUCUGCGGACAAGAGCUUGUAGGGCCAAACGGAGUGCUUCGGGGCUUGAUUGAGCAAGAUCGGGUUCCGAGUAUGAUUCUUUGGGGUGGUCCAGGAACAGGGAAAACGACCAUUGCUCGCGUGAUUGCUUCGAUGGUUGGUAGCCGCUUCGUUGAGAUCAACAGUACCAGUUCGGGAGUUGCGGAGUGCAAGAAAAUCUUCUCCGAUGCGAAAAGUGAGCUCAGUCUGACGGGACGGAAGACCAUCAUUUUCUGUGACGAGAUUCAUCGAUUCUCCAAGUCUCAACAAGAUGUAUUUCUGGGACCAGUAGAAAGCGGGCAGGUAACGCUUAUUGGUGCUACCACGGAGAACCCUUCUUUCAAGGUGCAGAGCGCUCUGCUGUCCCGGUGUCGGACUUUUACUCUGUCCAAACUUACAGACGAAGAUAUCAAAUCGAUCCUUCAUCGAGCACUACGGCUGGAGGGGCCGAACUAUUCGCCUUCGGAAUUGGUCGAUGAGGAAUUGAUUGAUUACUUGGCCAGGGUCGCCGAUGGGGACGCGCGGACGUCCCUUAAUCUUCUAGAGCUCGCCAUGGAUCUGUCGAAACGGCCUGGAAUGACCAAGGAUGAGAUCAAGCGGUCAUUGACUAAGACCCUUGUCUAUGAUCGGGCCGGGGAUCAACACUACGAUACCAUUUCCGCUUUUCACAAAUCCAUCCGGGGGAGCGAUCCCGAUGCGGCGCUGUACUAUCUUGCUCGCAUGAUCCAGUCGGGAGAAGACCCCCUCUAUAUCGCUCGACGUCUCAUCGUCGUCGCAUCGGAGGACAUUGGGCUUGCGGACAACAGCAUGCUCACGCUAGCCAUCUCGACCCACGCGGCUGUGGAAAAGAUCGGCCUACCGGAGGCACGGAUCAAUCUGGCACAUGCGACCGUUGCCAUGGCACUCUCAAAGAAGAGCACGCGGUCGUACCGCGGCCUGAACAAUGCAUUUGCUGCGCUAGCAGAGCCCGGCGUUGCUGGGCUGCCUGUUCCGAUCCAUCUGCGCAAUGCGCCGACUCGGUUGAUGAAGGAGCUCGGAUACGGCAAGGAAUACAAGUAUAAUCCUAACUAUGUCGACGGGGAGGUCGUCCAGGACUAUCUCCCGGAAAAGAUUUUGGGGCGGAAGUUCUUGGAGGAUCACGAUCUAGGACAUCAGGUGGACCCAGAUCUCAUGAGGUAGACUACUCAUGUUCAUGUCAAUGAGGCAGUAUAAACCUGCCAAUGCCAUUGGCUCGCCCUCGAUCAUCACACAAGGCCACGCAGAGCCAGCCUGUGCCUGAUGGCACAAAUAUGCUUGCAUGAAAGCACCUCGAUCGCCUCCACCAUUGGCAGCAUGCCAAUGUCAGAUAUGGGGCGUAAAAGACAUCUGCUGGAUCAGACGGAGCCCAUCAAAUUUGUACAGGCGCUUACCAGAUAAAGCUUUUCCCCUGUCCAGGCACAGGAAACUGCGCAUUGGGCGGUUGGGUAGGAGUAUGACGGAGUAACCACGGAGGCCACCAGUUGCCAGGAGUACAUGCCAGGGACAGCCUCACGCAUACUUUCUACCGAAAGAUAUAGACCAUGGUAGAUACAAUUGAAUACAUAGGACAGA